GCUGCUGCCCCCAAGCGAGCGGGUCGUUCGUGCCGCCGCCUCGUCGCUUCGCGCCGCGCUCCGCGUGCUCCGUACGCGUCUAGAGCCGGCUGUUCGGAAAAGAUCGCGCCGCAGUGUGUGAAGUGUGUGUUUUGUGUGUGCAUCGACCACUCAUUGGAUUUAUCUCGUGGUCCGUCGAGUAUUCCAGUUUGUCUGGAUUUGUGCAAAGUGUCUCCCCCAGAGCGGGAAAGUGAAAAUUGUGUGAGGCCCCAAGUGGUGUCUUUAACGACAAAGUGUUGAGUGUGAGGAGUGAUUUUUAGUGCCGUUUGGAUUUGUGGUGUGUUCAACAAAAGUUCAAAUUUUUGGAUGCCAUCGCAUGGGAGCAACUAGCGAAUGGAAUACCAUCAUUUUUGUGGAUACCUUGAGGAUUUACUUUAAACGGUCCGCUAUAAUGGAGUGACGUCGGCGCCAUGGCCAAGGCCGUCGUCAUCCUGGCGCUGGCGGCCGCGGUGCUGAGCCAGGCCGUGCAGGGUGCGGUGCCGCCUGCAGACGCCAACUACGAUGACGAUCUGACGGACGAGGAGGAGUCUGCCGAGCGCGGCGGACGCGCCGGGUCGCCGGGGGCAGCGGGCAGCUCGGGGGCGGUGCCGGGGGCGGAGGGCGACCUGCUGCCCCCGAUGCACGCCUCCUCGCACCUGCCGCUGUUCCUCGAAGAGCCUCAGGACACCUACGUCAUCAAGAACGCCCACGCCACGCUGCGGUGCUCGGCCAUCAACGCGCUUCAGGUCUACUUCAAGUGCUCGAACGCGGGCAAGUCGGCGACCCACCAGCAGGAGUUUGUGGACCCGCACGACGGCGUGCGGCACGUGGAGGCCUCGGUGAACGUGACGCGCCAGGACGUGGAGGAGUUCUUUGGCGAGAAGUUCACGUGCACGUGCACCGCGUGGUCCUCGCGGGGCAAGAUCCGCUCCCGCCCGGCCGCCGUCCAGUACGCCUGUGAGUAUAAGACACGAGGAGUAGUUUUAACACUUUUUCAUUUUUAUUCCCCUCCGUCCUCUGUGUGGCGCUGGCCCUCGUAAGCGGAUGACACAUUG